CGUGGAAGAUAAAUUUAGUAGAAUUAAAAAAGUAUGCAAAUAAACAAAAACUGUAUAAAAAAUAUUGCCAUCAGCAAUUUUCGUUGUUCCUAAAACAAAAAACAUUUUGCCAACAAACUUUAGAAAGUUAUAAAAAAAUAUUUCUUUAACAUACUACAGUCAUAAAUCAAAAACAAAAAAAUGUUGAUUUUGCUAAAAAAGAAACAAAAAUAUUCUCCAAUAAGAGUUAAUUUUAUUUAAAUUACUGGAAUUUCAUUAAAAAAACGAAAAGAAAUUAAUGACUAAACAUAAAAAAUACUUGCAAUUGCAGAGAAAUUUGAAACUACAAAAUAAUUUUUCUUCAGUUUAAAAACACACAACAAACACAUGGUUAAUUGAAAAUAUAAGAAAAUAAAAAAGACAAUAGAAAUCAAAUGACUGUGUUAUGAAAUCAAUCAUUCGGUGGAUUCUAGCAUUUCAAUUAUAUUACAAGUUCAAUAGCGAACAUUAUAAUUCUAACAUUUAAAUAAGUUAUUCUUGCUACAACUUCAGAGAGCUAUCCAGAAAAGACUGAUUUCGAUUUAUUUUUUGAACCUCGCGACAAUACCAACAGUGUACUGUAUUAUAGACAUUGUAUAUAAAGUUAGAAUAAUCUUAUCGCUCCAAACCGGUAAUAAAUAUACGAUUUGCUAAUAUCUUAUUUGAUUUUUAAGAUACUGAUACUGAAUGUAAACUAACACAAACAAACAAAAAAAGCAUUUUACACUCAUGAAUCCUCCUACUGGCAGUCCAAAUAACUACUACAACAACAACGGUAAUACAAAUAACGACUCCGAUCAUAGUCGCCAACAACAAAAAGAAUGUCACAAUAAUACACAACACAGUCAAAACAUUAAUUGUCAUGAAAGUCACUCAACAGUCUACUCUAUACCCUCAUCGCCUCCGAUCAGUUAUUCUGCAUCAACAUCUCAUCCGACUUUCAACACAAAUAACAAUCCAAACAGGUCUUCAGAACCAUAUGAACCCUCAGAGGCUAGUACACUAUUGGGUGGAGGAAAUCAUAGCAAAAUGAGAAUAAAAUUUGGUGGUAUUUUUAAACAACGUAGUGUCAUUGUAGACUUGCUGGCGAUAUUCUUUGGAAUUGGCACUUGGAUAGGGAUCAAUGGUACCUUCAUACAAUUACCUCUACUGGUAGAGGUAGCACCUGAAGGCUGGAGUUUGCCAUCUUAUUUGAGCGUUAUGGUACAAAUUGGCAAUUUGGGUCCAUUGGCAUAUACGCUAUUACAAAAAUUUUCCAAACACAAAGACGCUUAUAUGAUAUAUGGCUUAUUGAUAACGGGCACUCUAUCAGCUAUUCUGACGGCCUUUUUUUACAGUCGAACAGCAAUUUUAUUUGGGUCAGAACACAGUGUGGCCUUGUUUGCGUUAACGUUCUUUACUGCCCUAACGGCCUGUACAAGCUCCGUUCUAUUUAUGCCCUACAUGGGUAGAUUUAAAGAAAUCUACUUAGUUACAUAUUUUAUUGGUGAAGGUCUGAGCGGUCUAUUACCCAGCGUAGUGGCACUUAUUCAAGGUAUUGGUGGUGCAGCUGAGUGCCGAUUGACUAAUGUUACUGAAACUGGCCAAGAAAUAUAUGAGAAAUAUGUGCCACCGCCUCUUUUUGGUACAAGGGAAUUUUUCAUUUUCGUAUUUGUCAUGAUGGUGCUAAGUUUCGUUGGCUUCCUACUAUUAGAUCGUCUGAAAUUAGCGAAAAAACAAUAUGCAGCUGUUCAAGUUAGUCACGGCAAUAAUUAUGUAUACGAAAGGGAAACUAAAAAUGUACCAAAUACAAAUGGUGUGGAAGCAGCGAAUAGUCAAACUAAUAACAAUUCAGUCGCUGAAACGGAUAAGGUCAACGGUGAUUUGACACCAGAAAUUUCAUCUGGUAAAUAUACAUUCUUGCUACUGCUAAUUGGCACAAUAAGCUUCUUCGCCAAUGGUAUUUUCAAUAGUAUACAAUCAUACUCCUGCCUUCCGUAUGGCGGACAAGCUUACCAUUUAUCGGCUACAUUAAGUGUUAUUGCAAAUCCACUGGCGUGUUUCUUGGCCAUUUUCUUACCUCACACCUCCCUACGCAGUAUAUUGACUCUUACUGGGUUAGCAGGUCUACUUACAGUAUAUGUAUUUGUUACAGCCGCCAUGAGUCCAUUCCCACCAUUAUAUGGUACAACGGCUGGAGCUGUGCUAGUGAUUAUAACUUGGACCCUACUAAUAGGUUUGGUUAGUUAUAUUAAACUGAGCAUAACCACUGUAAUGCGAUCUCAGGGUGGUAAAUCGUUGGUGUGGACUGGCGGUUUAACACAAUUAGGUUCUACAAUUGGCUCAAUACUUAUUUUUAUUUUAAUAAAUUAUACUAAUAGUUUUACGGCAGCGUCCUAUGAAGAAUGUUGAAGCAUUUUUUAUAUAUCUUUUAGUUUUAAAUAUUAAACUCAUUGUUUUCAUUACGUCUCCGCAAGUUAAAAAAGCGUUAUAUCAAUAAUUUACUACAAUGCUACCAUAAUCCAAAAUUGUUGUGUUUUUUGAACUGAACUUUAGAUUUAUCAAUUUUCAAAUUGUAUAUAUAUUUCGGUGAGAGAUCAAUUUCGAACUAAAACUCAUGUUUUCAAUAAUAUUAGAUCAAUACAAAUUAAAUUCUAAUUUAGAUAAGAUGCACAUUAACCCCUACUAUCUAAAUCUAGUUUACUUAUCGAAGUAAUGACUUUUUUGGAUUAUGCUAGUCUUAUAGUAAAUGAGCGAUAAGUACAAAAUAAAAGCAAAUUUGGAUUUGUAUUUGAAUUAUAAUACCUGAAAUCCCACUUAUGUACAAGAAAGUGUUUCGAACUUAACUUUAUAUGUAUGUGAUAUUUGCCGAUAGUUAAAUUAAUUUUAUUUACCUUUAUAUAAAGAAAAAAUAACAAUAGCAAAUAAACAAAUGGUCGAAAAAGAUUGUUUUUAAUAAAAUACCCAUUACAUUUUUAAAUCAUACUGUUG